AUGGUCUCCUCAUCAUCAUUAGUCAACUGUGAGGAGUUAAAGCAUAAGGAACAACCUCCAUAUUCCAUUCUAACGAAAAGGGAAAAGGGUUAUUUAGCUGUAUUAAUAUCAUUAACAGGUAUUUGGUCGACUCUUUCAUCGUCAAUUUAUUUCCCUGCACUUCCUAUACUUUCUGAAAAAUUUAAAGAACCUGCUAGUAUUACCAAUGUGUCGGUUGUGGUGUACUUGAUCUUUCAAGGUUUAGGGCCAUCGUUUAUGGCUCCCAUUGCAGAUAAAUACGGACGAAGGCCCUCGGUCCUUUUUUGUCUUGUUGCAUAUUGUGCCACCUGUAUUGGACUCUCGAGAACUAACGUUUAUUGGCUUUUGGUUGUUCUCCGGUGUAUUCAAGCCCUUUCAAUUGCUCCCGUCAUCUCGAUAUCUUCUGGGGUUGUAGGAGAUAUAUGUCCUAGAUCUGAAAGAGGGGUAUUUGUUGGAAUAGUCACUGGCUUGCAAUUGGUGGGUCAGGGUUUUGGUGGGCUUUUGGGUGCUGGUUUGGUAUCUGGUUUUGGUUGGCGUGGUAUAUUUGUAUUCCUUGCCAUAGGAAGUGGGGUUGUAUUCAUCCUUGCAUUAAUUUUGUAUCCAGAAACCAGCAGACUGCUUGUUGGAGAUAUGUCGGUGCAACCAAAAAGAUUGGUUAAUCUUCUGCCUAUUCUUUAUCUUCCUACAAUUAGAAGUAGACUUGUUGGAAAUGUUGACUCCAUUACACCAUCAACUAAUUCAAAAUUGUCAAAUGCCUUUGCUCCAUUUGUGAUAUUUUUUAAGCCAACCAUAUUCUUCAUCUUACUCCCAGGGGGGCUUCAAUUCACAACUUGGACUAUGAGUCUCACUACAUUAUCUACUAGUCUCAGCAGCAAGUACGACUUCUCCGUCAUCAAGAUUGGUUUAUGCUACUUAGCACCAGGAUUGGGAUCCUUGAUAGGUUCCUUAGCAAGCGGGAAGCUCUUGAAUUUAAUCUAUAAACAAAAGAAAGAUCAAUAUGAUGAAGAAAUUAAAGGAGUCGAAAAUCCUCCUAUUUUCAACAUUUACAAAGCACGAUUGCAUAUUUGUAUCAUCCCUUCAUUGAUAGCUAUUGCAUGUUAUAUUGUUUUUGGAUGGUGCAUUCAAUAUAGAGUAAAUAUUGCAGUCCCUCUUAUUGCAGCGUUCAUAUACUCAACGUGUGCUAUAUGUAUCAUGAGUGCACUUACAACCUUGUUAGUGGACUUAUUUCCUCAUCAAGGAUCAUCAAGUUCAAGUUGUAUUAAUUUAAUGAGGUGUUUGUUGGGAGCUGCAGGAGUUGGUGUGUUACAAAGUAUUGUUGAUGGUAUUGGUGAAGGGGGUUGUUACACCAUUAUGGGUGGCUUUUGUGCGAUAGGAACCUUAGUAUUAUGGUUUGUGGUCCAUCAAACUGGCAAGAAAUUAAUCAAAUAA